AUGAUUAGAAUGUUAAAAUUAGUUAGGAAUUGUUAUACAAAUUGUACAAUAAAACCAUCUGAAUAUCAUUUAAGACAAUCAAAACUAAUUGAUCUUAUAAGAAAAGAAAACAAUUCUAAAAUUCCAAUAACUGCUGUCAUUCCAACUAAUAAAACUUCUUUUUGUGCUCCUGAUGUUCCUCAUAAAUUUCGACAAUGUUCUUAUUUCAGAUAUCUAUGUGGUGGUGUUUUUCCAGAUGCUAAAUUAGUCAUUACUUCAGAAGCUAAUUCUUCAAAUCAUAAAUCUAUAUUAUUUUUAAAAGAAGAAACAGAACAUGAUAAUAUAUGGCAUGGAAAAAGAAUUGAUGAUUUAACUAUUAAAAAAAAUGGAAGUUUAGAUGAGAUACUUCCAUUAUCAGAGUAUGAAAAUUUUUUAAAUAGUAGAGAAAAAUCCACAUUUGGUUUUGAUAUGAGUAGAAAUUUUGAUGAUAUUGAAAAAAAAUUGUUUUUAAAAGGAAUUUCACGAACAAAUAUAGCUGAUAAACUUGAUGAAUUGCGAUGGAUAAAAUCAGAAGAUGAAAUAAAUAUAAUACGAAAAACUUGUGAAAUUGGUUCACGUUCAAUGAAUAGUGUAAUUAAAAAAGGCCUAAAUGUAAAUCAUGAAAAUGUUUUUGUUGGACUUCUAGAAUAUGAAAUGAGAAGACGUGGUGCAGAUUGUUUAGCUUAUCCUCCAGUUAUUGGAGCCGGUAAACGUGCUAACAUUAUACAUUAUCUCGAUGCAAAUAGACCAAUUAAUUUUUCUGAUUGUAUAUUAAUUGAUGCAGGUUGUGAUUAUGAAGGAUACUCUUCAGACAUUACUCGAUGUUUUCCAAUAUCUGGUUCAUUUACACCAAUUCAAAAAGCAUUAUACGAUGCAUUAGAUGAAGUUCAUUCUGACUGUUUAGAUUAUUGUAAUACAAGACAACCAUUACUUUUAAGUGAUCUUUAUUUUUAUAUGCUAAAAAAAAUGUCACAAUAUUUUUCUGAAAUGCAACUUUUCAAAAAUUCCUAUCAUACAGAUGAAGAGUUGAUACAUAUUGUUAAUGAUAUAUGUCCACAUCAUAUUUCACAUUACUUAGGAUUAGAUGUUCAUGAUUCACCUAGUGUUAAAAGAAAUAUACCACUAACAGAAGGAGUUGUUUUUACUGUUGAACCUGGUGUUUAUAUAACAAAUGAUAAUCCAUUUGUAAGAGAUGAAUUUAAAGGUAUUGGUUUUCGUAUAGAAGAUGACAUUUUAUAUACAAAAAAUGGAAUUGAAAAUUUAACGAAAAGUUGUAUUAGAGAUAGUAAAGAUAUUGAAUAUCACAUGAAACCUUCAUUUUGA